AUGAGACUGUCAACUCACAUGCCUCAGACAGGAGAGGAGUUCAAACAGAAAAUUCUCGACAUUGAAGAAUUUUGGCAAUUUCCUUGCUGCUGGACAGCAAUAGAUGGUUGUCAUAUUCCCAUGAAAUGCCCAUCUGGAGGACUUCAGGCAUGCAAAGAGUACCAUAAUUUUAAGAAUUUCUACUCAAUUUCAAAAAAGCUUUACUUGAGUUAAUGUGGUAGAUUCACAUUACAGAUUUGUGUGGGGCAGCUAUGGGUUUCCAGGAAAUUCUCAUGAUGCAGUCAUAUUUAGAUCCACUGACCUUUGGACCCGCAUCAAAGAAGGCUUCCUUCCUGUAAUUGGAAAAACUGUAGGCAAUGUUACUGUCCCACCACUUAUAGUGGGAGACUCUGCAUUCCCUCUGCACACAUGGUUGACGAAACCAUACACCAAUGCAGUUCUGACACCCCAGCAACGGAACUUUAAUUACCGCUUAAGCAGAGCCCGUAUGGUUACAGUCAGGGUGCUUUUGGGCAUGCAUGGUUCUCCAUAA